GGUGAGGGACCGUAUGGAGACAUCGCCAGUUUGUUGCCAGUUGCUAGAAAACGGAAAGGACAUUCUGUUGAGAGAACUUGAUUUUUGUGUAGUUCAAGAGUUGAACAAAGUUGGUGUAUUGACGGACGGUGAAGUGGAAGCUAUAGACCAGAGCAGGAAAGUAGAGGGAGCAGAUGCUGGACGAUCUGCGCUUGUGCAGUGUUUGAAAGUUGCUGUCAAUCGCAACGGUGAUGCGAUAGGGCUUUUCGAAGACGUUUUGCAGCGCAAACAGCACUGGCUGUACCACAAACUUGGCGACCAAGCAAAAUGCAUACGUGAUGUCACACUGAGAGAUAAUCGUCUUGAAGGAGAUGUGGCCGCUUCAAAUGCAGUUUCUCACCAUCCUGAGAUUGAUAGUCUGGAAGAGAGUUACGAGUUGGUGAUUAUGGAUGAUGUGGAUACUGAUGCGUGUAUGGAUCACAACGUUCAUCUUGCAAAACCCACUCAUGACAGUUUGAGUAUGGUUUGUACUAGGGAUAUUCGAAGCCUAUCAAGUACUUGCAAUCGGACAGCGGAUGAAGCUGUUGCAAUCGUGGAAAGUGUAAAGAUGGACAAAAGUUAUCGAGUUCCACUAGUCAGUGAAAGGAGUCGGACAUCUGAAUUUGGUCGUCUUACAAAAAGUGUCAGUCUGGAUGAUAUCUUGAUGAGUGCAAGAGGAACUGAAGACACAAGUUCUUCAAAUCACCCAUCUUCCUUUCUACUAUUUGAAGGAUUGCCAUUAGGUCCACAAGAUGAAAUUCUUAAGUCAUUUCAUCAUCUUAUGAUUGGAGAACGUCAGGGGCUAUACUCAGACUGUAGUCUGAGAAUUGUAGAACGCUCAUUGUUUUCUCUUGAUGUUCUUCUUUCCUGCUGGAAGCGAUGUGGUGGUACAGGACUAGCCUGUGAGCUACGCCCGUACAUGAUUGAUUUGCUAAAGCGACAACAGAGUUUGAAUGCUAUGACUGACUCAAAGGAGCUGGAAGAAGGAAGUGAUGAGGUAACAUUGGCAGCUGUUGUGGAUGAAGUUGCUGAUGAGUACUUUGAGUAUCGUCAAAAGGAACUUUUGAUCUCAUUGCUUGAGGUAACUUCUGUUGAGUCUCACAGUCGCUUGUGCUCACUUGUUAGUCAGAUUGGGUGCUCAAUGCCAUUUGUUUAUCGCUACAUAGCAUCAAAUGGCAGAGUGGCCACAAGGUUUGCCAUUGAUUGCUAUGAUGAUCUUCUUUGCCACCACUCAUAUAGUCUUAUUUUGUCUUGUGGAACUAUUUGUUCUAUUGGACAGGGCAAGUCAGACUUACUGAGUCGACUAUUUGAAGUCCGUUGUGUGAAGGGAGGAUUUUUGGAACUCUAUCCAGGCGGUCCCUGUCAUAAUCUUUCUAUCGAUUUGGCUUUUAAUGCUAUUCUAGCUGGUACUUCUGCUGAUUCAUUUAUUUUAGCUGAUACUCACGGAUCUCAUGAAUCAAGCUUGGGGUUCAAUUCAGCUCUCUCUGUUUUAGCAUCUGAGUCAGCAGUUACUUUGGUUCAUGUGAACAGAAACGAUUUUACAUCUGAUGGUCUGUUGGGCAGUGACAUUCAAAGAUUGUUGUCAUACUUGACAUUUGAAUAUCAGUCUAAAAAAGCUGCUUGCUUUUUGAUCUUGUGGCGUGAUUUUGUAACUGCAGAUAGUGAGAUAUUUGAAGCUGCAGCUAAACAGCUGGAAUUACUCAGCAAUGAAUACCAUGUUAGCAUUUGCCUGGAGUCGGUGGUAGACAUCAGAGGGCUGAAGGGAUUGUCUGCACGCAGAACUGUGACGAGGCUGGGCAAACUGAUUAGCAAGCAACUGUCUGAUUUGUAUGGCAAGAAUGUCCCUGUGUUAGAUAGUGGAUUAAGUCUUAAGGCAAAGCUGCAAGAGUUAAAUCCAAGCAAGUUUUCUAAUGCUGCAGUAGAUGUAUGCAUUCCUGCCUCAUUUGGUAAGCAAAAGAUUAAGGAAUUGGUUCAAAUUCAGUCUGUUCUACAUCAUGAGUUGACAGCAGCAUUUGAACCACUCCGUUUAGGCAAUAGUCUAUUUCGCUGUCUGUUCCCUGCUUCUUCCCUUGAUGCUGAUAUUGCACAACAGGAAGAGCAGGCUGGCAAGAUUGUGAAAGAAGCAGAUGCUUUUGAUGAAAUUGCUGAAGCCAGACUAGCUGAAACUACAGUAAAGCUUACUAAUGCUAAAUUACGAAAGAGAAACUGCAAAACAUCAGAACUGGUCAAAUGGUUUGCACAACUUGUGGCCAGAAACAACAUUGCAGCUAUUAAUGAAUUUCGCCGCCAAAUUGAAGCAUGGAAGGUGCCAAAGUGUGAGCCUCUUCUAGCUGAGCGUCGUGUUUGCCACGAGAAGUAUGAAGUACGUUUAGCAAAGUUGCAGGAAGUGGGAAUAGAUGAAUUAAGUGACCAACAGCUAACAAUAAUUAAAUCUGACCUAAUGAAGAAUGCUGCCAAACUUGAUCAAUUUGACAUUUCUAUUGAUGAUUUCUGGAGUGAGCUGAUGUCCUUGGCUGCAGUAUGGAUGCAAGAUCAGAAUGGUCGAAAUUGCUGUUUGUUGGAGAAGGAAUGUCUGUUGAUGCCUGGUAGGCUGUCAGAUGUUUACAGGCAAUGUUUGAUGGAUGGCCAUCCAAUGCAGCUUCUAAGGGGGCAUCCACUGUACAUGGCUAGUGAUUUUAUUUCUUCUGUAAUGCGUAGUAUUCAAGAAAACAGCACCAAGCAACUGUUUGUUGUGUCUGUAAUUGGCAUACAGAGCUCAGCCAAAUCAACAUUGCUCAACUACUUGUUUGGAUGUGGGUUUGCAACACGUGCAGGUCGUUGUACUAGGGGUUUGUAUGCGUCGUAUGUUGAAACGAAUGACCUGGAUAUCCUUGUUUUAGACUCUGAAGGUCUAAUGUCUGUUGAGGCAGGGAGUGGAGGUAAAGACUUUGACAACCAAGUUACCUUGAUGGCUAUGGCUUGUUCUCACGUUGUCAUUAUUAAUCACAAAGGAGAGCUGUCUCGGGAGCUGCAAGAUUUGCUAGAGGUUGCAUUGUUUGCCAUGAAGAACUUGGAGGUGGCAAAACUGCAGCCAGAUAUUUCUGUUGUAUUGCGUGACCAAGCUGACCUUGAUCACGACACGCUAACAGGACAGUUGAUAAACAUGAGAAAGAACUUGAAUGAGAAAGCUGAAAAGCUACAACUUCAGGUGAGCACGUUUUUUAACCUAAAUCCUGACUCAAUGCACUUACUUCCACCAGCAUACGAGACUGUCAAGGCUUCAGCUAAAGAUAUGAAAGUCCCAACAAAGAUUUUUUCUGAUGAAGUGUUAAGGCUACGUCAAAAGUUGUUUCAACUACAAUCAAGUAGGCUCCACAGGACUGCCAUACUAAUAGAGGAAUUUUCGUCUUUACAGCAGUGGCUCAUACAUGCACGGUCAGUUUGGAAGACUAUCAGGCUGUAUGGUAUCAACCUACUCCAGUAUGGUAACAUGCAGGAAAUAGAACAACGAAAGGAGAUAUCAGCUCUGUAUAGUCAUGUUGCUGACAGUGUGAUCGACCAUCCAGAUAAUGGCUUCCAGGCGUCUUGUCAACAGUUACUAAAGAGAUUUGUUGAUUGCUACCGACCUGAAGACAUGGAUGAUGGAGUCACCAGGCAAUUUCAAACCGAGCUAGAUGGAUUGGCACAUGAUGCAGAACAGAAGGCUUUUGCCAAGUUUAAUGCUGCAGUUGAACCUGGAGGCUACACAAUGCAGUUGACACGAGAGUUCACAAACAGUCUACGAAGUCGUGUGCUUGAAGUGUAUCAGAUGACACUGAGAGCGUGGAAGAAAAGAGAAGAAUUAUCACGUGAUCGAUUGAAUGCUGUGAGGUUGAAGAAGGAUUUGAUUGAGGCAUUGUAUAGAGUAUUUAAUGACAGACGGCACAAAAAGGCAAUGACUCAAGAAGAGCUGGAUGUUGAGUUUGAAGUGAUGUGGAACGAUUUCAUAUCUGAUGCAAGAGAUCGCAUUGAAAAAACAAUGCUGCGUGAAGGUGAUUUAUUAAGAAAAAUUAAUGGGUUGAUGAGCAUUGAAAUACACACUCGCCAUGGAGAGGCCAUCUUUGCUGUUCUAAAUCCUCCCAUGGGACCACUGCCAGAUGCCAGAUCUGUGUUAGUUGACAAGCCUGAAGAUGAAUGGCAAGACUACUUGAGAGUGAAAAUGGCUUUGAAGAAAAAGAUGCAGAACCUGUUGCAGAGCAGUUUAGAGGAAGCAAAACAGGAGUUAAGCAGGAAAGCUGCUUUUGCUGCAAAGCAAGAAGUUGUAACAUUUUUUUCAAAUGUGGCAUCAGAGUUUGCAGAGGAAGAAGACAAGCAGACGUGGGACAGUGCAGGCAUGGGAUAUCUGAUGAACAAGGCAAAUACUAUGGUGCAGACCAUCGAGACCACACUUGAGAGUCGGUUUGAUGUGAAGCUGAGAGUUCCAGAUUUUGCCAAUGCAGUGCAUGACUGUUUACGUUAUAAGCUGUACUACUUGUACAGAGAGAAGCAACACAAAGAAGUUCAAGAGAAAAUUGAUGCUCUAAAUAUGACAAAAGAUGAUGUUCGAAUUAGUGCACUCAGUCGAUUAACUGACAUGCAGAAUGAUGUGGGUAGGGCUGAAGGCUUGGCACGUGAUGUGUUUGGUGACUUAGUUGAUUGGUCACGCGACAGGACUCUUCAAUAUUCACUUCGUGCGAGAACUGAAAUAAAGCGUCACAUGUCGGAUCCUGCUUCAGCAGCAUGGCAUGCAUAUGAAGAAAGUUUCCUCAAGUGUGACUGGUCGGCUGUGGUUCGUUACUGUAAUAAUGCUCAGAGCUUCCUGAAAGAGCUAUUUGAUGAUCGUUUUGCAAAGAUUGAAGCUGAUAUUCGCCUACAUGAAUUGAAGCAGAUGAAGACACAAGUUGAAAGAAAUCUGGACAAAUUUUGCCAACUUGUUAAUUGGUGGGGAGAGCAACCACUUGAAGGUGAGGAUCACAGUUUGUCAACAAAUGAUCUCAAACAGUAUGCAUUAAGUCAAAUUGGGGAGUCUGAUGUUUCCACUUUGGAUCCAAACUUCAUUUCAUUUCUUAGAAACCCAAUUGAGGUUAGGAAACCAUGUGACUUUGCUUCUGCUUUUGUAGCUCAUGUUUACGACAACGUUCAAAAGAACUUCUUUUACAAGCUGAUGGAUGACUUUCUUCAGAGUGCAGUAAGAAGCAUUAAACAUGAACAGUGGGACAAAGUCCGAGGAUGUAGUGAAGUUUGUCCUUGCUGCAAUGCCAAGUGCAUCCAACCGGCAUCACAUCUCCCUCAACUCAAACACAGAUGUGCUUAUCAUAUUUUACCGGCUUUUCACGGCAGUCGGUAUGUGGACAGCUGUGCUCCAAUUAUUGACCCAUGCACCACCGCUUGUGUUCAGAGAAUGACAUGGAAACGGCGACAGGAUGACAUCAGUCAACAGAAAAGAAGCAUGAGAGACUUUUUUGAAGCAUAUUAUCCUAACUGGACAAUGCCUGAUUUGUUACCUCCAUCUCCUGACAUCAUCCAUUUGAGAAAAGCAUGGGUAAACUGUCGUAAGCCGUAUCUGAGGAAGUUUAACAUGGACGACAAUACCUCUCAGUUCUGGGAUGAAUUGUACUUACAGGAAGAUGCUCUACGAUAAAAAGGUCACAUAGUGAAUGCAAGAGUCUCACUGUCUGUGUUUGGUAGCAUGGUUGCACGAGAGUAGCAUUUUAUCUGUAUUUUACUGUAUGAGACAUUUUAGCCAAAUUUUAUGUAAUAGUGCAGACUGUAUCUAUUUGAGGAUAUGAUGAUGAUCAAAUUGGA